CCCCCCGCCAGUAGGGCCGCCACCACCACAAACGCUCGCCGGCUUCCCCACACUCGACUCGAUAGUGGAGUGGAUAACCGCAUCUCCGUCGAGCACCAUGGCCGCCCUUCUCCUCCCAGUCUCCUCCCGCCUCCCCAAGAGCACGGCCAUCGCCUCCGCCUCCGCUCCCCGCCCCACACCGCGCUUCCUCUCCUUCCCCCUCACAACCGCCAAGGCUUGCCGCCGCCGCAGGGGAUGUAUCCUCGCCUCCUCUGCCCCGGCCGCGGCCGAGGCCCAGCCUUUCCGCUCCCUGGCCCCCUCCGAGACCACCGUCCUCGUCACCGGCGCCACGGGCUACAUCGGCCGCUUCGUCGUCCGCGAGCUGCUCCGCCGCGGCCACCGCGUCGUCGCCGUCGCCCGACCCCGCAGCGGCGUCCGCGGCAAGAACUCCCCUGAGGAGGUUGUCUCCGACCUCGCCCCCGCCCGCGUCGUCUUCUCCGACGUCACCGACCCGGGCGCCCUCCUCGCAGACCUCUCGGGGUCGGGACACGGCCCCGUGCACGCCGCGGUCUGCUGCCUCGCCAGCCGCGGCGGCGGGGUGCAGGACUCGUGGCGCGUCGACUACCGCGCCACACUCCACACCCUCCAGGCCGCGCGCAGCCUCGGCGCCGCCCACUUCGUCCUCCUCUCCGCCGUCUGCGUCCAGAAGCCGCUCCUCGAGUUCCAGCGCGCCAAGCUCAAGUUCGAGGGCGAGCUCGCCGCCGAGGCGGCCCGGGACCCGGCCUUCACCUACAGCGUCGUCCGCCCCACCGCCUUCUUCAAGAGCCUCGGCGGCCAGGUCGAGGCCGUCAAGAAGGGCAACCCCUACGUCAUGUUUGGCGACGGCAAGCUCUGCGCCUGCAAGCCCAUCAGCGAGGAGGACCUCGCCUCCUUCAUCGCGGACUGCAUCUCCGACCAGCAGAAGGCUAACAAGGUUCUUCCGAUUGGAGGGCCGGGGAAGGCCCUCACGCCGCUGGAGCAAGGGGAGAUGCUGUUCCGGCUGCUCGGGCGCGAACCCAGGUUCCUCAGGGUGCCCAUUCAGAUCAUGGAUGGCGUCAUCUGGGUGCUCGACGGAUUGGCCAAGGUGUUCCCCGGGCUGGAGGAUGCCGCCGAGUUCGGCAAAAUUGGGAGGUACUAUGCGUCGGAGAGCAUGCUAGUGCUCGAUCCCGAGACUGGGGAGUACAGCGACGACAAGACGCCGAGCUAUGGCAAAGACACGCUCGAGCAGUUCUUCGAGAAGGUGAUAAGGGAAGGAAUGGCGGGGCAGGAGCUAGGCGAGCAGACCAUCUUCUAGCUCUAGGCCUUCCAGCUUGUAAAUUCAGGUCCAAGAGUGUAGGGAGGUAAGUGAGGCUUCUGAGUUUUGACUCGUUUGUGUUUCCAACACAAUAUACAUGUUUUUUAGAAGGAAGACGUUAGGAGCGUCCGGCUUUAAAUUACAUCAAACGGAGUUUAAAAAGCAGAGUAGCGUAUAGCAACACCAAAGCAGAGUAGCUGCGAGUCGUGACUGAAGCGCCGCCAAAGCAACAUGCAAAUUUUACGCAGCAGUUGCAGGCUCCAUCAUCUGUUCUUUCUGAAAAAAUCUCUGUAGAAGAAUUUGUUCCAGAUAAGUAUGCUUCAAAUUAUUUACCA